AUGGGAAUGAGGCCUCGAGAAAUUCGCCAGAACUGCGCCGCCCUCGGGAUUUCGCCCUCGGGACCUCCGCCUCCUCGCCCUCGGGACCUCCGCCUCCUCGCCCUCGGGAUUUCGCCCUUGGGACCUCCGCCUCCUCGCCCUCGGGAUUUCGCCCUCGGCACCUCCGCCUCCUCGCCCUCGGGACAUCGCCCUCGGCACCUCCGCCUCCUCGCCCUCGGGACAUCGCCCUCGGCACCUCCGCCUCCUCGCCCUCGGGACAUCGCCCUCGGCACCUCCGCCUCCUCGCCCUCGGGACAUCGCCCUCGGCACCUCCGCCUCCUCGCCCUCGGGACAUCGCCCUCGGCACCUCCGCCUCCUCGCCCUCGGGAUUUCGCCCUCGGCACCUCCGCCUCCUCGCCCUCGGGACAUCGCCCUCGGCACGUCGCCCUCGGGACAUCGCCCUCGGCACCUCCGCCUCCUCGCCCUCGGGACAUCGCCCUCGGCACCUCCGCCUCCUCGCCCUCGGGACAUCGCCCUCGGCACCUCCGCCUCCUCGCCCUCGGGACAUCGCCCUCGGCACCUCCGCCUCCUCGCCCUCGGGAUUUCGCCCUCGGCACCUCCGCCUCCUCGCCCUCGGGACAUCGCCCUCGGCACCUCCGCCUCCUCGCCCUCGGGAUUUCGCCCUCGGCACCUCCGCCUCCUCGCCCUCGGGACAUCGCCCUCGGCACCUCCGCCUCCUCGCCCUCGGGACAUCGCCCUCGGCACCUCCGCCUCCUCGCCCUCGGCACCUCGCCCUCGGCACCUCCGCCUCCUCGCCCUCGGGACAUCGCCCUCGGCACCUCGCCCUCGGCACCUCCGCCUCCUCGCCCUCGGGGGAAAGCGACGGUCCUGCAAAAUGUAGAGCAAGAGUGGGUAUGUGAUCCUAUUACUGCCGAGAACCACUGGAAUUGA